GUUUUCUUUAAUUUCCUCAAAAGUAAGCUACAACUCAACUCCCAAAUCUGUCUUUUAGAUUGAUACGAAUGUUUUGUACCCCGUCCCAGUCCAACUCAGAUGCCCCGUCUUCAUCUUGUUCUUCCGUUGCAGUUCAUUUAGCUUAAAAAAACGAAAAGUAAAAAUGAAAAAUUAUCACCCGCUUUAACUCCUGAAAAAGGCGAGUCUUCAAUUAAGCCGGUGAUGCUGUUGUUGUUUCUAAUCUCAAGGCGUCUUGUCUCAGGGCUGCAAGCUUUCCUUCAAGAAACCUAUGCAAAAACGUAUGACUGUUUAAUCUUCUGUCUGGUGGAGAGAUGAAUAGGGCAAUAAAAGCAGUCAUUUUCAACUCUCAAGGCAGCUGUCUUUUCCAAAGGGCUGCUUUCUUCCAUUCCACUCCUGUCCUUGAACACAAAAAACGCAAUUACUGGCAAUUUGGUAAGAGGAAAAGAAGGAUGCGUGCAAAACAAGAAUUACUGCGCAAUUUUGGUGCUUAUGCAGAUAUCAUGUUUGAGAACUGGAGAGAUGAGUUUCAUGAAGAUGAUCCGUCAUCAAGUAGAGGCCCGUCAUGGUUCAAAAGACAGCAAAGUAAGGGAUCUAGAAGAGAUUGGUCCGACAAUAAGGGAUUUUAUUACAGGGGUAGAAGACCUUUUGAGUUUUGUGAAGACAUUGAUGAUGACAUAGAGAACAUAUUUAGGUCUGCAUUUGGUGGAAGCCAGUUCUUUUAUUGGUCCUUCAUUAAUGAUGAGUACCCUAAAUGGAGGAGAUCCAGAUACUCGGAUAACUAUGAGAAAUCUUGGAGGUGGAGUUCUCGAUUUGAUGAGGAUUCAGACUCAACAGAAUCUGGUAAUGCUGAGAGUUCAGACCAAGAUACAAUUGCAGAUAGGCGGGCCCUUGGACUAAGUGCAUCUGGUCCUCUAACACUUGAAGAUGUCAAAACUGCAUAUCGAGCCUGCGCACUGAAAUGGCAUCCAGAUCGUCAUCAUGGCUCUUCCAAGGCUGUUGCAGAGGAGAAAUUCAAGCUUUGUAACUCAGCAUAUCAGUCGUUAUGCGAUAAGAUGGCAUUGAACUGAGGAAUGUUUUGAAGCAUGCGCUCUAGAUGUCCUCAAGCCGAUAACAUUUGUUAUAUUUAUGAUAAUGGGUGUUGACAUUUUGUAUUUUAGAUAGAUCAGAUAAUAACAGUGGGCGGCAUGAACACAUCAUGUAUGGAUUCAUGUGAUUUUAACACUUCAAAUUUGCAUAUCAAUAUUUAAGAAAAUCACUCUCGCUCAGUUUCUCAUCUGGGCUUCUUCCUA